GAGGGGCGGAUCGAGCGCUCGGCCGAUCGGCUGCGCCGGCUGCGCUGCCCGUUGCUAGGCAGCCCGCACGCAGUUGCCGUGGUUACGACCCGCCCGCCAUGGAGCCCGACAAGAGAAGAACCAAAGAAGAUACCUGGAAAUCAGAUGAACUGAAGAAACAUCUUAGGGUAUCACAAUCAGAUAGUCAGUCUGAAGACAAAAAACACAAAGAAAAAAAAUUGCAAAGAGAGAGAGAGAUUCAUGACACAGUUGAUUACAAAGGAUACAGAGAUCAAGACAAAGACCGAGGAAAGACCAAAGAAAGGAUGGGAGAAAGAGAAAGAUUUAAAUCUAGUGAAAGAGAUAGGGAAAAAUUGCGGGAGAGAGAAAGGGGAAAAGAUCAUCACAGAGAACGAGAGAGAGAGAAAGUUAAAGAUAAAGAUGCAGAGAAGGAAAAAUAUAGUACAAGAAGAGAAAAAGAAAAGGAGAGUGAUAAGGAAGCACAAAGAAAACAAAAACGGGAUCAUUUGAAGCAAAUGCUUAUACAGAGUGACCAGAGGGAAGGAAGGGAAAAGAGCCAUCACAGAAGGAGAGGGAGCAAGGAUCAUUUAGAAGAAAACACAAAAGCAAGAGAUGAAGAGAAAGAAAGAAGUCAUACAGAAAAAAAGAAUAGCAGCAGCAAAGAUGCUCUUGACAAAUAUUUAACAUAUAGAGAUGAAGGUGAACGUAGGCAUAUGUCACAUAAAGAUCAAGAACUGAAUAAAGACAGGGAGAGGAGGCACAGAGAAAAAAGAGAACAUGAACAUUCAGUUAAGGCAGGAAGAGAAAGACAUUCAAAAGACACAAGUCAUAAGUCCUUCGAAAAGCAUGUGGAAGAAAAACAUGAAGCUAAGAGACAUCAAGAAGGAUAUUACCGUGAAAGUAGAGAAAGCCAACCAAGGGAGAACAGUGAAAGAAGGCUAGGAGAGGAAAGUGAAAGAAAGAAGAGAGAUCUUAAGAACAGUGAGCACAAAAACCAAGGACAGAGCCCAAGACAAGAUAUAGAUAUCAGCUACCAGCACAAAAGGAGUGUGAAAGAUACAGGAAAGAGUUAUGCAAAAGGAAAAAAAGAGGAUACAAAACAGGAAAUUGAAGAAGUAAACACAUACAAUGCAGAAGCAGGUUAUAACUAUUCAACAAAUUAUGAAGAUGAUUUUGAAGAUUAUGAAGAUGACUUUGAUGAUGAUGAUGAAGACAAUGAUAGUGAGGACAGAGAUGCAGAACACCAGCUACAAGCAAUUCCUGUUUCCAAAAAAUUAGAAAUAGAAGAAAUUCAAAGAGCAAUUAAUGCAGAAAAUGAGAGAAUUGGUACCUUACUGCCAAAGCAAAUCCUAAAAGAUGAUGAAAGGGAACCAGUCAUGGGUUUACAAUACUACAUAGAAAGGCAAGAUUCUUCUGCCAGAGGCUCUCAUUGUGGAAUGUUUAUGGAUUUUGAACUGGCAAACCAACGACAAAGUAACCGAAACACAGCCAGUAAGCAGAAGACACGUAGUUCAGAACUACUCCGACUAAUUGAUCUGGACUUCUCAGUCAGCUUUUCUUUACUCGAUUUGCCUCCAAUGAAUGAAUAUGAAAUGUACAUCAGGAACUUUGGCAAAAGAAACACCAAACAGGCAUAUGUUCAAUGCAAUGAGGAUAAUCUUGAGAGAGACAUUCAGACUGAUGAGACAGAGACUCUAGAAAAAUGGACACAGCAUCCAGGAGCAAGUGCCAUUGUAUCUGGAGGGCCCAGAAGCAACAGUGAUGUGUCUGUGGAUGUUGGUCUAACACCUAAAAUCGAUUCACAGAGAUUAGCAAACUUUCUCCGGUCUGCUUGUCAGGUGAUUGCUGUUUUGCUUGAGGAAGAUCGAAUUGCAACACAGCCGAGGUGGAACCUAAGAUCUAGACAAACUAGUCUGUCUAUUAGUGAUAGUUGCUUUCAGUUAAAUACUAAUCAACCAUUCCUCCAUGAUCGAAAAGUCUCCUGUCUGCACGUUUCUCAGGUUCAAAGGCAGGCAUUACUUUCUGUUCAUGGGUUACCUAAAAAGCCAGCUGCCAUUCUACUGGACAGGAAGUAUAUCAUAUGUGUAUGGAAUGUCUGGCAGCCUUCCAGCCCUCAGAAAGUCCUAGUUUGUGACUCCGAGGUAAUAUGCUGCUGCUUUAGUCCCAAUAAAGCAACUUUAGUAUUUGCUGGAACAGUGGAUGGUUCUUUGUUAGUGUGGGAUCUCAGGGAAGACUCAAGACUGCAUCAUUGUAUGAAGUUCAAUGAAACUGACUGGAUAUUUAGAGCUCCAACAUUUUCCACUGAUGGUGUUCUCACCUCAGUAAACCACACAUGUUCUGUACAAGCCAUAGAACCUGUUUCAACAUCUGUCUACAAGGAACAGAGUUCCUAUGGGCUCUCAGGCCUCUCUUCUCAAGAAGAAAUGUCAGGCCUUUCAUUCCAGAUAGCUUCAAUCGAUGAAACUGGAAUUCUGAAUCUGUGGGUUGUAGUUGAAUUACAAAAAGUGGAUAUAGCUGGUUCACAAAGUGAUUUAGGUUUAAUUCCUGGUGGGAAAGUAAAAUUGGUACAUAGCUCUACUGUUCAGUUGAAUGACAGCCUUUUCCCAAAAGAUAUGAUGUGCCUGAAGACACCCCUGACUCUGAAUAUUAAGUUUCAGCCUUCUAAUCCUAAUCAUUUUAUUGUUGGGACAAAUAUUGGUCUGGUAAGUCAUGGCACGAGACAUGACUUAAGAAUACCUCCAAAGCUAUUCAAACCCCAGCAGGGUGGACCACGAUCAGUAAGAGUCAAUGCAGUUGAUUUCUCCCCUUUUGGAAAACCAAUAUUUUUGGUUGGCUGUUCAGAUGGAAGCAUUAGAUUGCACCAGAUGACAUCGGAGUAUCCCCUCCUGCAGUGGAAUGACAGCACGGAUGGCCAGCCAGUUAUUGCCCUUCAGUGGGCUCUAACGAGACCUGCUGUGUUUUUAGUCCUGGAUGCAUCAUCUAAUGUUUAUGUGUGGGAUCUACUGGAAAAUGAUCUGUGGCCUGUAGCCAAACAAAUUAUUCAGUCUGAUAGAUCCACAACCUGCAUGAAGCUAUCCAAGAAAUCCAAAAGAGCAUGAAAUGCUGCCCUGGAGGCAUUUCAGUGCAUAACAGGUUGUAAAACCAUACUCAUGGAUCACUGUCAUAAUUGAAGUAUGCAUCAAGUAGGAUUCGGCAAGGGUUUUCGUUAGGUCAUAUACUGUUCAGUAUUCCCAUUAAUAACUUGGAUGAUGGAAAAGAGAGUACAUGUAUUAAAUUAGCAAAGGAAGCAAGGCUUGGAACUACUGAAAGCAUUUUGCAGGACACGAUUGAAACUCAAAAUGAUCUUGAUCAGAGAAAUGGUCUGAAAUAGAUAGGAUGCUUCAGCAAGGACAAUUGCAAAAUACUGCUCUUAAGCAGAAAUAAUUAACUGCACAAGUACAGAAUGGGGAACAGUCGCACAGAACGAGAUCAAAAACUGAGUUAACAAGGUCAUGCUGAUGCAACCAAGCAAACUUCUGGGAUGUAUAAUAAGUGCUGUAUAUGAGUCACAAAAAGCGAUUCUUCUACUUUACUCAGCCAGUGGUAAGGGCUCAGCUGCAGGAAUGUGCUCAAAUUAGAACAUCACACUUCAAGAAAAUUGUGGCCAACUGGAGAGAAUCCAGAGGACAGCAACCAAAUGAUAAACAAUCUAGGUAAGACUGAGGUGCCUGGCAGACAUUAAAAUGAUUGCAAAGAUGGACUGUGAGGAGUCUUAUGCCCAAGCCCCAAAAUCAUACAUCCUGCCAGGAUAUACAGUUUUGGGGAUUGAGGGUAAAAUUCCUCACAGAUCCAAAUCGCACAAUUGCAAAGCUGGGAAGCCCCUGCCUUCUCACUGGGCAGGGGAGAGCCCAGGUCCCAGGGCCAGGAUGAGGGCUGCCUCUGGAUCAGGUAGGAGAGAGAACCAGGUGCCAGAGCUCAGGCUAUUUAUAUGCUUUAUUAUUUUAUGACUGUAAAAGAUGUAUGAUUUAACGUGUUUUACAUUUGUAUUAUGUAUACUGUAUAUAUUUUCAAGAAUGUCAAAUGCAGAAUUUUGGGUGAAGAGAUGUAAUAUUUUUAAUAAUUAUAAAAAUGACAGAACACAGCUUCGUACUGUAUUUGAAGGGAAGAUAAACAUUUAAAUUCCUGGAAAAUCAUUUUAAAAAUUCACUAAAUAUAGAGAUUUUUCCAUGACAUUGCAAAUGUCAGACAUGGCCAGAAUUGCAAAUGCUUUAGGGUAACACUUGGUGUAGAAAUCUAAGUCAUUGGUUAGACAAAGUAAAAAAUAACUCCCCCCAUACCCUAUAAAACCAUAAGAAAUUAUGUGCGUGUUGAGUGCUAAAAGAGAAGGACAACAGAAAGACCUGGUGGUCAGAAUCUAGUUACAGAUACUUGAUGUCUUCCUCAUUCGUUAUAAGAUAGAAAAGGAGAUUUGAGUGGAGGGGGAGGAUGGCUAAACAAAUUUGUAGCUUUAAAUGGAACAAACUCAAACUGGCCACACGGUGGUGCCCACCCAUAGCAUUAAAAGUGAGUGCUUUCGGCAAACCCCACACCCUGGUCUGAGAACACAUUUCUUUGAGUUAAAAUUCUUAAAAAUAACCAUUGCAGUCCAGCAAGAGUGAAGAAACACUGAAGUGAUGCAUAGCUUAGGGAUAGUUUUGACCCUGUCCUGGUUCCCUGAUCAGUCCCAUUUUUUUGUGUGUGUCUCCAAUAAAGAUCUUGUAAAUACAAAA